UAGCUGUCAUUCAAUUGUCAUAAUACGUCCUUAUAUCAAAUCUAUCGGUCAACAAAAAAUGCUCUUCUAAUUUUGGUUAACUGAAAUACUUUAAUAAUUCUUACAAAAUGUUUAAAAAUAUAGUACGUUUUAACCGAUGGUUGGUGCGUAAACAAAUUUAUAGUCGCCCUUAUGUGAUAGUCCGUCAAUAUUCACAAGUUUCGAAGUUACAAUCUGUAAUUAACAAUCCUUGUCUCCGGUUAUUUUCGGCGAGUAAGAACGUUGAAUCACCACCACCGGUGAAUCCCGCAGAUUUCGAGGAGAUUUGUAAUGAAACUUUAGAGUCUUUGUGUGAAUAUUUUGAAGAAUUAGUGGAACAAUCAUCAAAUUUGAAGGGUGCUGAUGUUACCUAUAGUGAUGGAGUGUUAACUGUAUUUCUUGGUGCAGACUAUGGCACUUAUGUAAUCAAUAGACAAUCUCCUAAUAAACAAAUAUGGCUGAGUUCUCCUGUGUCUGGACCGAAACGCUAUGAUUUAAUUCCAAAGAAUGGAGGUUAUUGGGUGUACAGACAUGAUGGUGUGUCACUACAUAGAUUACUUCAAGAUGAAAUAUCUAAAAUAGUAGAAAACAAAGUGGAUUUCAAAAAUUGUGCUCAUAGUCUAGUUUGAAUAAAUUCUGGUAUACAGUCAAUGUAAAAUUAAUGAACACCAAUUGCCAAAACCUGUAAAUAUUGUUGCAUAUCUAUAUAAGUAACUCGACAAGGUGAACACCAGAAUUUGAUGGACAUUCUGUAAAGUACAUAUAUAUAGAGGUGUAUUAUUAAAGUAUGAGGUUUAUGUGUAUCUCAAAGUGCAAUAUAUUACAGCGCCAUCUGUUAGUGUAAUGUAUAACCAAAAAUUUCUUGAAUAUCAUUGUGAAUAAUUACCGAUUUUAAUAUUACUCUAGUUAUACCUACUAUUAUUUGUUUUAACAAUUAUAAAUGUUAAUAAUACAUUGAUUGUUAAUUGUAACUAAAAGAUGCAUUUUAUUUGUUAUCAGAUUUGUUAGAAAUAGUGUUGUUUAUUUUGUAAGUAAAUUUUUAGAACAUU